AUGUGCGAAGGAAAAGCGAAUACAUGGGGUCCACAAACAUUCAUCGAUCCAGGAUAUAUGCAUACGAUUUUAUUAGAAGACCUUCGUCCAUCAACAACCUAUUUUUAUCGAGUUGGAAAUAAUGAAUAUGGCUGGUCAUCAAUCUAUUCAUUUACAAAUCGUCCUGCAACUAAAGAUGAAGCAGUAACCUUGAUUGCAUAUGGUGAUAUGGGUUUAUCACCAGUACAACCCGGUGCUAAGUCAACUAUCGAUCGAGUAACAACACGAAUCAUAUCAUCAAAUAUUACUUGUUUGUUACAUAUUGGUGAUAUUAGUUAUGCUCGAGGUAUUGGUGCACUAUGGGAUGCAUUUAUGACUCAAAUACAACCAAUAGCAGCUCGUGUGCCUUAUAUGGUCGGGAUUGGUAAUCAUGAAUAUGAUCAUGCUACAGGAGGAGAUAAAGAUCCAAGCGGUGCACCAGGUCCAGGAGGAUUUAGACCAGGAUGGGGUGACUAUGGUACUGAUUCAGGUGGUGAAUGUGCUGUACCUAUGGUUCAUCGUUUUCAUUCUCCAUCGAAUGGUAAUGGUUUGUUUUGGUACAGUUUUGAUGUUGGUCCAAUACAUAUACUUUAUUAUUCAACUGAACAUGAUUUUCGUCGAUCAUCACCUCAAUAUGCAUGGAUUGAGCAAGAUCUUCGUUCAGUCAAUCGUUCUCGUACUCCAUGGCUUAUUGUUGGUUCUCAUCGACAUAUGUAUACAUCAGAAAUAGAAUCGAUUGGUGAGCAUGAAAUUACGAUAAUGUUACAAUUCUACUUAGAACCAUUGUUUUAUCAAUAUCAUGUCGAUGUCAAUCUUUUUGCACACCGACAUUCAUAUGAACGAUCAUGUCCUAUGUAUCAAAAAACAUGUGUUGCCGAUGGUAUAACACAUGUAUUAAUUGGUAUGGCGGGUCAAAACUUAGAUACUGAUGUGUAUUCGAGUGUUCCAUGGAGUAAAUAUCAUGAUCAACAAUUUGGAUAUACAACAAUAUUUGCCAAUCAAACAUAUCUGCAUCUGACAUAUUAUCAUAAUAGUGAUGAUGGUAUUGCUGAUCAAUUUGUGCUAACAAAAUAA